GGUGGGGUGUCCUGUCUUGUGUCAUAUCCUUGAGUAUGGCGUAAAACACCAAUCAAAUAAAUAAAGAAAAAAUAAUUUCAGUGAAUUACAGACGGUCCCUCAUUGCGCUAAGCCCAUGUGACUAUUUCUGAAUUUUUGCCCUAGUCACAUGACAUCAUCAUGGCAGCUUUCUGUCUCAUUCACGGUGUCGUUAUUUUGUGGCUGCUAACGUAUGUAGAAUGUACAGGGCCAUUUUUUCCUUUUCAAAACACGUCGCUGUCGUGGGAUGAAAGAGUAGACGAUCUUGUCAAAAGACUGACACUAGAGGAGAUAAUCCUUCAGCUGUCAAAAGGUGGCGGAGGUAAACAAGGCACAAGUAACCCGGCCCCGGCCAUACCGCGUCUGGCCAUAGGACCAUACCAGUGGAACACAGAAUGUUUGCGGGGAGCAGUCGAGUCGGGAAAUGCUACCUCUUUCCCCCAGGCAUUAGGACUUGCGGCUACCUUUAAUCCAAAUUUGAUAUUUGAUGUAGCAGAGGCCACUGCAGUGGAAGUCAGAGCAAAACACACUGACUAUGUUCGAAGAGGAAUCUACAGUGAUCACACUGGGGUCAGCUGUCUAAGCCCAGUAGUUAACAUCAUGAGGCAUCCGUUAUGGGGACGCAACCAGGAGACUUACGGUGAAGACCCCUUCCUCACUGGCAUUUUGGCACAGAGUUUUGUGACUGGACUCCAAGGGUCUGAUCCUCGUUAUUUGCGAACCAGUGCUGUCUGCAAACAUUUUGAUGUUCAUGGCGGGCCAGAGAACAUUCCUACUUCCCGUUUUACUUUUGAUGCCAAAGUAUCGGAACGAGACUGGAGAAUGACCUAUCUUCCUCAGUUUAAGAAGUGUAUUGAUGCUGGAGCGCAUGGUAUCUUGUGCAGUUACAACAGUGUUAAUGGAAUCCCUGCCUGUGCCAAUAAGAAGAUGUUGACUGACAUAUUACGGACUGAGUGGGGAUUUAAUGGCUAUGCCAUAUCUGAUGAAGGUGCCUUGGAAUUCAUCAGCAACUUCCACAGGUAUAUCAACAACACUGUGGACACAGCCGCUGCCUGCGUCAAUGCAGGAUUGAAUCUAGAGAUACCUGGGUGGUCAGGCCUCAUGGUCUUUGAGAGUCUGGGGAAAGCUUUAGAAGAGAAGAAAGUCACGAUGAAGGAUUUAGUCAAGAGAAUCAAACCGUUGUUUUACACACGAAUGAGACUGGGAGAGUUUGAUCCUCCAGACAUGAACCCAUACUCCAAGUUGAACCUGUCGGUCAUACAGAGUCCCCAGCAUAGACAGCUCUCCCUGAAGGCAGCCAUGCAGACCAUUGUCUUGCUGAAGAAUGAUGGGUUACUUCCCUUAGAUGUCUCUGCAAAGACAUCCAGAGAUACUGUGGCUGUUGUUGGACCGAUGGCAGACAACAUGUUACAGUUGUACGGCGCAUACUCUGCUGAUCCUAACCCCAAAUACACAGUCACACCUAGGGCGGGGCUAGCUCCCCUGGCUAGCAAGAUUGUCUAUGCCGCAGGCUGUAACAGUACAACUUGUGCCAAUUACAGCAGCACUGCUGUUACAGCUGCUGUGAAAAAUGCUUCGGUUACAGUUGUGUGUGUGGGAACAGGUCAAGCUGUGGAGACUGAAAACCAUGAUCGACCAUCCAUGAAGUUACCAGGGCAACAGGAACAGUUGCUCCUGGAUGUCAUUAACGUUGUUCCUUCCGAUGGCAAAAUAAUCCUGGUGGUAUAUAGCGCAGGUCCUGUUGACGUCUCGUUAGCAGACGCAUCGCCUAAAGUCUCGGCAAUCUUGCAGGUUUUUUUCCCAGCGCAGACAGCAGGUGAGGCUCUGUAUAACAUCCUGACUAACACCGGAGAGGACGGUAACCCUGCUGGCCGACUGCCUUACACAUGGUACGCCUCUGAUGCUCAGGUUCCAUCUAUGACAGAUUACUCGAUGACCAAUCAGACGUACCGGUACUUUGAUGACACCCCACUCUAUCCAUUUGGUUAUGGAUUGUCGUACUCAGAGUAUCGUUACAGUAACCUGUCUGUACAUCCCCAGACGGUGAAGGCUGGUGAUAAUGUGACAGUGACAUUCAAUGUGACAAACCUAGGCAGGGAUGGGGAUGAGGUGAGUCAGGUGUACAUAUCCUGGCUGAACUAUUCCUUCCCCACUCCUCGCUACCAACUGGUGGGUUUUAACAGACAGCAUCUCAGUCAUUCACAGAUGAUCCAGUCCAACUUCACCAUCACAGGCGAGCAGAUGGCAGUGUGGGUAGAGGGUAAAGGUCUUACGGUGGAACCAGGUGUGAUACAGGUGUAUGCUGGUGGGCAGCUUCCUGACCAGAACAGGACAGUGGGGUCCAACGUUCUGAGUGGUACAUUUACUGUGCGUCCUUAGUUCUUACCAAAUGUUUACUGAC